CGUGACGCGGGGGCGCGGCCGCUCCCCCGGGCCGGAGCGGAGCCGCAGCCGCAGCCGCGGGCGGGGACAGCCGGGCCCGCUCCCUCAGCCCUCCCUCAGCCCUCCCUCAGCCCUCCAUCCCCGGCGGGGCUUCCCCCGCGGCCGGGGCUCCGGUGCCGACCCGCGGCAGGAUGUUUCUUUGCUGUUCUGACACAGAAAAAUUGGAAUUUACUGGAUGUUGUGUCUUUUCUCUCUGUGUUCACACAAGCCUUACAAUCAUCUGUGUCUCUUGAAGAUGGUGAUGCAGACGCUGCAAAUCAGGUCUCAGUUACCCCAGUUUCUCUUUAAAAAGGGCGAGCCUUCUAACAAUCCAGUUGUAUCUCCCCAAAAAAGCACAUCCCAAAGAGUUACCUUUGAACAGGAGUUUGUGUGGGACUCCUGUGAUGGGUUCACAAAUCAGAACCUUGAUAGAAAAGCCUUUGACUCUAUAACCAUUAUGUUGGUGUGUAACUUUAUUGGGGUUGUAACUUUGCCAACACUGGCGCAACCUCAGAAGGUAUUUAAGAAAAAGUUGUUUAAACCAAUAUGGAGAAGUUGAGAGAGCAGCAGAGCCUUGAAAAGCUUUUCUAAAUCUUAGCAUCAAGCCCAAUUCAAGGACUGCUGUCAUUCUCUGGGGAAUGAAACCAAACUGGCAGGGCCAGCUCAUUUACUGAGCUUUCUUUGCUGUGUGUGGGACAAUAUCUGAGCUGUCCCCAGCAAAGCUCCAGGAAGCAAUCCCCGCUUUUAAAUGACAGGUGGAAGGACUAGAAGGAGGCAUUUCUGGUAGAGUUGGAUGCUGCUGAUGUGAUAUUAGAUUUAAUGAUAAUUUUAUUUAUUGGUGGUGUUUUCUGUUGAUCUAGACCUAGAUAUAUUUGAAAGUGAAAUAGAGGCAAUUGCUUAGUUUAAAUAAAUAAAUUCUGUAAAUUUAAUGAGAGAUUUAACAAGGGAAUAUUUUGACACAUAGUUAAAAAUAAUUAUUGCAGGUGCUUUGAGUGCAACGAAAAGGAUCAGUCCAGGUUUGGAUGGGGCUUGGAGCAGCCUGGUCUGUGGAAAUGGCAGUGGGGUGGAACUGGAUGAUCCUUAAAGUCCAGUUCAACCCAAACUACCCUGGGAUUCAGACUGAUGUGUUUUCUUUGUGAAACGCAGAGAUUAACUUGUGGUUUUCUUCCAGGAGGACUCUGCUCGUGUCAGCACAGCUCUGUUUCACUGCUCCCUGGGUGAACAGGAGAGGGACUGCACUCACCUUUUAAUGAGCGUCAAAAAACAGGUUCAGCUUGUCAGUCAUUGAUCUUUUUAUUGCCACUCCUUGUUCUCAAAAUCCUGCUCUCAUGAUGGCCUAAACCUCAUUAUUGAGGGCUUGUUCUGGGUGGAUGUUCCAAUGGCAGAGAAGCACUGCCACGGCCUCCUACCCAGCAGAGCUGCUCCCCAGAGCCAGAGGGAUGGUGGUAGUCACGGGGCAGAACAAAGUGAGUGCCACCCCGGAUGAUGCCAUGUCGAGCUCGGAUGCGGAGGAUGAUUUCCAAGAGCCGGCCACUCCCACCGCCACCCAGGCAGGACAAGCGCUACCUCUGCUGCCUCAGCAGUUCCCAGAAGUUGUCCCACUGAACGUGGGGGGGAUGUUCUUCACCACCAGGCUGUCCACGCUGCGCAGGUACGAGGACACCAUGCUGGCAGCCAUGUUCAGCGGCAGGCACUACAUCCCCACGGACAACGAGGGCAGGUACUUCAUCGACAGGGAUGGCACCUACUUCGGAGACAUACUAAACUUCCUCCGAUCUGGUGACCUGCCCCCCCGAGAGCGAGUGAGACCACCUGGAGCGGAUCAUCGAGAUCGCCAAGCUGCGGGCCAUGCAGAGGAAGGCCAGGUUUGCCAAGCUGAAGGUGUGCGUGUUCAAGGAGGAGAUGCCCAUCACUCCCUACGAGUGCCCCCACUUCAACUCCCUGCGCUUCGAGCGCAGCGAGAGCGAGACCAAGCUCUUCGAGCACCACUGCGAGGUGGACGUGUCCUUCGGGCCCUGGGAGGCCGUGGCCGACGUCUACGACCUGCUGCACUGCAUCGUCAGCGACCUGUCCGCCCGCGGCAUCACCGUGGACCACCAGUGCAUCGGCGUGUGCGACAAGCACCUCAUCAACCACUACUACUGCAAGCGCCCCAUCUACGAGUUCAAGAUCACCUGGUGGUGAGCCUGGCCACAGCCAAGGAGCGCAGGGGACAGCUGCUCUUUCAAGGUCGCCUGGCGGUGAGUGUGGUGGCACUGAGGGGUGAGAGGACUCCUAGAGGACAAAUGCUCUUUCAAGAUAACCUGGCAGUGAGUGUGGUGGCACAUCGAGGGGUGAGAGGACUUCUAAAGGACAAAUGCUCUUUCAAGGUUGCCUUGUGGUGAGUGUGGUGGCACUGAGGGGUGAACAAACUCCUAAAGGACAAAUGUUCUUUCAAGAUCAUCUGGUUGUGUGUUGUGGUGGCACUGAGGGGUGAAAGGACUCCUAGAGGACAAAUGCUCUUUCAAGAUCAUCUGGUUGUGUGUUGUGGUGGCACUGAGGGGUGAGAGGACUCCUAGAGGACAAAUGUUCUUUCAAGGUCGCCUUGUGGUGAGUGUGGUGGCACAUUGAGGGGUGAAAGGAUUUCUAAAGGACAAAUGUUCUUUCAAGAUCACCGGUGGUGAGUGUGGUGGCACUUAAAGGACAAAUGUUCUUGGCAGUUGCCUUGCUGCUGACAUUCCUUGGGAUCAGCCUGCUGGCAGGGGUUGGGAAAACCUCUGGAAACUUGAAGAACCAGCCUGAAAUCAGACUGUUGGCUCAGGUACCUUAACGAGGCACAAAACAAAAUCACCUCAUGCAAAGGAUGGAGGGCAUGGCUGAACAUCUGCUGGAAGGUGCCAGCAACCACGUGGCUUCAGGAUGGAAUUGCAGAUUUUUCCUGCAUUUUUGGGAAUCUGGGGUGCUACUAAAGCUGACGUUUCAGUUUUACCCUCUUAGAAAUGUUUUAGUUCCUCCUUCUGCUUUAUAAAGUUUGACUCACAGCCGGCACAAAGAUCUGGAAAUGUCAUUUUGAUGUGCUAGAUAAUUUAAAAAAAAAAGAGUACUCCUUAUAUAUUAUUAAUCGUUGUCAGGGUUAAGCUGUAUUUCUUUUUUAAUUAAGAAUCUACGUUGUGAAUUAUAAUGUUGUACUUCAAUUAUUUCUGUUGUUAUCAAAAGGAAUAACAGAUCUGGAAUAUAUUCCUUAAUGCUUUUAGGAAUAAUAACUGUUCAUGGAAGACUUGUGCCUGUUUUUAGCCUUAGAAAUUUUAAAUGUUUACAAUAUCUACAAAAAAAAAAAAAGCUCCUUAGAAUCAGGUCAUUUGCAAAGGCUUUUGGUAAAUGAGAAAACCCUGUCUGUAUGUUCCUAUUAGCAGUAGUAAGAGGAAUAUUUAAUGUAUAUUAUUUUAUUACUGACUCUUUUUACAUUCUGUGAUAUUAAACUUUAUUUUAGACUUAAAGUCA